CUUUUCUGGUCUUGUAUUUCAGGCUCUCAUUCACAGCUGAAUGUGUGCGGAACCCCUCCUCUUAACACUAGGAUCGUGGGGGGUCAGGACGCUCCUGCAGGGAGUUGGCCAUGGCAGGCCAGUCUUCAGAUUAGGCAGCCAUUUUUGUGGGGGAUCCCUCAUCAACAAAGAGUGGGUGUUGACUGCUGCUCACUGCUUUUCCAGUACCAGUACAUCAACUGUGGUGGUCUACGUGGGUCGUCUGAGCCAGAGGGCUCCAACCCAACGAGGUGAACCGCGAGUCACUCAGAUCAUCCGCACCCAACUACACAGAAGUACCAGUGACAAUGACAUGUGUCUGCUGAAGCUCUCCUCCACUGUGACUUUUACAAACUUCAUUCGGCCAGUCUGCCUAGCUGCACCAGGCAGCUCCUUCCAUGCUGGGGCUACUAGCUGGGUCACCGGCUGGGGCAGCAUCCRCAGUGGAGUGUCCCUGCCCUCACCACAGACCCUACAGGAAGUGGAUGUGCCAGUAGUGGGGAACAKGCAGUGUAACUGUAACAAUGGAGUUGGUUCUAUCACUGAUAACAUGAUCUGUGCUGGUCUAUCAGCAGGAGGAAAGGAUUCCUGUCAGGGGGACUCAGGAGGUCCAAUGGUGAGCAAACAGGGUAUUCGCUGGAUCCAGUCUGGCGUUGUGAGUUUCGGCAACGGGUGUGCCCAGGCAAAUCUCCCAGGAGUGUACGCAAGGGUGUCUCAGUACCAGACCUGGAUCAACACCCAGAUCACCAGUGACCAGCCAGGCUACGUCACCUUCUCCUCCAGUGGGACUGAUUCUGACCUUAGUGUCUCCUGUACUGGUCUUCCAGCCCCAGCCACCACCACAACAACUGCACCUAUGACCACAACUACCACCAGAACUGCCCCUAAAACCACAACCACCACAACUGUCCUAAAACCACUCCUGAACGUAACCGUGGUGUGCGGCAGUGCCUCUUUGAACUCCCUUACUGGUGGGGGCUUGGCCUCAGGGGGAUCCUGGCCCUGGAUAGCCAGUCUACAGACAAACGGAACACACGUCUGCGGGGGCACAAUGGUGGCAGAGGACUAUGUCAUGAGCGAUGCUGGGUGCUUCUCCAGUCAGUCCAACGCCUCUCAGUGGACCGUGAUCAUGGGUCGUCUGAAGCAGAACGGCUCCAACCCCAACGAGGUAACCCUUAAAGUCAUCAACAUCACCAUGAGCAACUUGACGGCCAACAACGUGGCAAUCCUCAGACUGGCCAGCCAACCCACGUUGUCUGACUACAUCCAGCCCAUCUGUGUGGACCAGGGAAGCAGCACCUUCAGCAUAGGGACUCAGUGCUGGGUGGCUGGCUGGGGCAGGGGCCAGGGUGGAGCCGAACAGAACUUGGAGCAGUCCCAGACCUCUGUGGUGGAUUGUGAGAGCUCUGGCUCCUCUGAUAACAUCUGCACUGCUGCCUUGGACCUUCGACAGGGUGAAGGGGGUGGUCCUCUSAUGUGUAAGCAGGGUGAUGCAUGGUACCAAGCUGCUGUGUUGACUGUCAACAGCAGCAACAAGACCAGCUCCAGCAAAACACGAUGGAGCCAGAGUCCUCGCUCCUCCAACAUCCAGGUCUUCACCAAAGCCGCUCGCUUCCAGAGCUUCCUUCAGACCACUGUGGGCACGUUCCCUUCACCCGUCACAGCCAGAACCCCCGUCAAUAACAACAACACUGCCAACAGCACAACUGUCAGUGCAACUACCAGUGGGGUAACUCUGGCCCACUCAUCCCUGGUCCUGCUCUUCUUGUCUCUCCUCUCUCUCCUWCUGUCUCUCRGUCAAGCCAGGUGACGCUGARGAGUCACCUUCAUGUAAACCUCUGGCAAUAGGKUCUAAAUGUGCUCUGUUUGCUCUAGAAUUUUUUGGUGAGUUUAAUCUUUGUUAACCCAKAACUAAAAUCUUGCGUAAUUUGGUCAGCUGCAUGAUUUAUUUCUGGGUCCAUGUGUUUCAAAUUGAGAGUCUGGGUUUGCGAUGUCUCCAUCCUUUGCAAMAGGAAACUCUCAGCCAAAGCAGUGAMAUUUAAGCACCGCCUUCGCCCAAUCCUGAUAGGUCCAAAUUAUCAGUGAGGAAAACAUAAACAUUGUAACUACUGCUGCUCGUUAUCCUAUGCCUCAACAGAUUAUUUGGUUUAUGUGCAGGAUUUGUCCACGAACACUGCCUGGUCUAACGCUGCCUGCAACAGUCUACUAAAACCAGAAGGUUUAUCUCAUCUAAUUGUUUAUUUAUUCUGACUGGAUUGAAACAUGAAACUUCCACUGUAAUCAGUYCACAAGUAUUCUCUCUUUGUAGUCUUAUCAAGUCUAUGCAGGUCAGUAUUUCAUGUUAUGAGACAGAUCAGGAAAUUAUUUAUAUAAAUGUAAAGACUUGAUCUACUGUUGCAUCUGGAAAUUAAAAUGAUGAAUGAA